AUGGCUCUACAAUACCCUCUAUUGUUCCCAUACGGCGAAGAUGGUUACCACCCAGAUAUACCAUACGCAACAACAACAGAGAAGGCUAUCAAAAGGAAAUGUGUGACCAUGCUCGAGUUCUACGCUUAUCAAAUACAGACAAGACUAUUAGAAGGUACCACUCUCGUCAGGUCUGGACGUCUACUCCAUCAAUACGCCGUAGACGCAUAUAUGGCAAUAGAACAAGAGAGGAUGGGCUGGUACAGGCGAAACCAAAAAACCUUAAGGGCUGAUGUUUACCACAACAUCUGUGAUGCAAUUGACAGAGGGGACAGUGAUGCAAUGAAAGUGGGACGCCGAAUAAUCCUCCCUUCAUCUUUCACCGGAGGCCCAAGAUAUAUGGCUCAGAAUUACCAUGACGCGAUGGCAAUUUGUAGAACCUUUGGAAACCCAGACUUAUUCAUCACCAUGACGGCGAACCCAAAUUGGGAAGAAAUCAAAGAACAUCUUCAACGAUCCGGUAACUUUACGGCCAACGACCGGCCAGAUCUUGAAUCCUGUGUUUUUAAGAUGAAGUUAGAAUCUCUCGUGGCUGAUCUUUGGGAAGGGGAAUUCUUCGGCGAGGCAAAAUCAAUUGUAUACACCAUAGAGUUUCAGAAGCGGGGCUUGCCUCAUGCGCAUAUCUUGGUCUGGCUACAAGAUGAUUUGAGGACUCCCACGAAUACAGACAUAGACAAAAUAAUUACCGCCGAGAUCCCUGAUGAGAGCAGCGACCCUGAAGGAUAUAAAUUGGUUGAGCAGUUUAUGACCCAUGGACCAUGUGGCAAAGAUAACCCAAAUCUAUCAUGCACUGAGAAUGGGAUAUGCACCAGAGGUUUCCCAAAGCCAUACACACGUCAAACAGAGUUCGAUGAUAAAGGUUUUGUCACCUACCGACGUCGGCAUGAUUUGAGGAACUACAUUACUAAAGGGGGAACAAAGUUAGAUAAGCGUUUUGUUGUCCCACAUAAUCUCGAAUUGCUUAAGAAGUACAAGUGUCAUAUCAAUGUGGAGUGGUGUUGCAAAACAGAGGCGAUAAAGUAUUUAUUCAAAUACGUGACCAAAGGAGUUGACAAGGCGACCAUUGUUGUAGAGAAGACUAAAGGUUCUUCCGGAGGAGAUGGUAGCAGCAACCCAAAAAAUGAAGACGUAGACGAGAUAAGAAAGUAUCAAGAAUGCCGUUAUCUAUCAGCAUGUGAGGCGAUGUGGCGUAUCUUUGCCUUCGACAUUCAUUAUAGCAAACCAGCCGUUCAACGCCUAACCUUGCAUUUACGGGAGCAACAACCGGUGACGUAUAGUGCAGAACAAAGUCUUGACAGUGUAAUCGCACGCCCUGGGAUUGACAGAACAAUGUUCACAGAGUGGAUGAAGAUGAACGAAACAGACCCUUUCGCACGUACAUUAACAUAUACUCAAUUCCCUCAAUGGUAUGUGUGGAAUAUAACCGCAAAAACGUGGACAAGAAGAAAGCAAGGUCACACCAUCGGGAGGAUUGUCAACAUCCAUCCAACAGUAGGUGAGCUGUACUACAUGAGACUUCUUCUAGGCGUCGUCAUAGGACCAACAAGUUAUGAUGACAUAUUAACUGUCGAUGGAAUAGUUUACGAAGACUUCAAAGGUGCAUGCUUGGCCAGGGGUAUGCUUGAUGGUGAUAAAGAAUGGGUAGAAGCAUUAGAAAAAACUCAUCAGUGGGGUUUCCCAUGCCAGCUGCGUAGUCUCUUUGAGACACUCUUGAUCUACAGUUUUGUUAGUAGUCCACUGAAUUUGUGGAACCACUGUUGGCGAUAUAUGGCGGAUGAUAUUGAGCACACGCAACAGAAGAAACUGAAACUGACGAAACUACACCUCAGGGAGGAGCAGCUAAAGAACUACACAUUGCUAGAGAUUGAGAAAAUCUUGCAGCAACACGACAGAACACUAUCAGAUUUUCCCGAUAUGCCAAUGCCAGACAAUGAGAUGAUGAAAGAGCUCUGUAAUUCAUAUCUUAUGGAAGAGCAAGGUUACGACGAGGACGAACAACAACCAGAUCAUGAUCUUCUAUUUGGGACUUUGAAUGACAAACAGAGAUUGGUCUUCGAUGGAGUGAUGGACUCCGUUGAGAAUGGAGAGGGAAGAUUCUUCUUUCUUAAUGGACCAGGGGGAACUGGGAAGACGUACGUAUACAGAACAUUAAUAACAAAGUUAAGAGCAAUGAAAAAGAUUGUAUUGCCCGUUGCAUCUUCAGGCAUUGCAGCUUUGCUUCUCCAAGGAGGCCGCACAGCCCACUCAAGAUUCAAGAUACCAAUAACCCUACAUGAACAUUCUAUGUGUGAAAUCAAAAAAGGAUCGAUGCUUGCUGAGCUGAUAAGAAAAACAGAUUUGAUCAUUUGGGAUGAGGCACCAAUGACUCAUCGUUUUGCAUUUGAAGCGGUAGACAGAUCAAUGCGGGAUCUUCUAGCGGAAGAUGACCCCAAAGCAAUGCAUAAAAUCUUUGGAGGGAAGACGGUAUUACUAGGUGGUGAUUUCCGUCAAAUACUACCCGUUAUACCAGGGGCAGUCAUCAAGACACAGUCUUAG